CGAGCCCUUUUCCUCUUUGACCGGAUUGCGAUGUCACAUUUUGGUAAAUUUAUGUAAGCCCGCCACCGCACCCGGAUGAAGUUCCAGGGGGAAAAAUGCACUUUUGACGUCGAGGCCCAGACGCUGUCACGUCAAAUGUGCGGCCGGUUGCUGAAGUACUUCCGGUGUUCGUCACGUGGUACGGGCGGAGGGAAGGCCGAGUCGACUUUUCUGUCGCGGAGAAGAGCAACGAAAAGACAGCCGAGGAGACGACGCGGUAGGCCAACUUCAACGCCGAUACCGACGACAAUCCAAAAAAAGUUCACUCGACGAAGGUGAAGUUAGCCAGGCAGGAAGUGCAGCCCCGCGCCGAGUAAACCGCUCAAACCGACGACCGACAACGAUUCAACUUAUUUUGCUACAAUGUUGCUCCGGGUGAUAGUCGACUUCCCACAAACGAGCUUCGCUUCACUUAGCCUAGCUUACGGCGGGCGGUCAAUGUAAGUGGUGACGAGUGACUGCGUGUCAGCGAGUGCAUCUCCGCGCACUGUGGACGUGGCUAGCAUGGAGGAUUCUGGGGCCCCCCCACCGUCCCGAUGUUCCAUGGUGAAGAUCAUCUCCGCCUCCCGGCGCCGCACUACGACCAGGUCCCGGCGGGCACGUCGCCUCGGGGCGCCGAGCCGCACCCUUUGAGCGCCCGGUCGGCGCCGUACCUCGCCCUCAGCGCCGACCCGCUCCCGCCGCCGCCUCUGCCCGACCGGCCUCCCGUCGGACCCGAGUACCCCGGCGACGGCGAGGGGGCCGCCAGCGACCGGGAUCCGGACCCGGCGCUGGACAUCAAACCGGUGCACCGCUUCGUCCCCGACUCGUGGAAGAACUUCUUCCGGGCCAGCGAUCGCAGCGGCCGGAAGGGGGCGUGGCCCGACCCCUCGGCGCAGCCAUGUAACAACAACGACAACGGCACCAGCGAGGGCGUCCGCCGCUCGCCGUCGGUGCCCGGGUCCUACGGGGACCCCUACGGGGGCUCGGCCGGCAGCUACGACUCCGCCAAGGAACUCCUGGAGCUGGGCGAGUCGGCGUCGGGUCGCACCUACCGUACGGCGCUGACGUACAGCGAGCGCGUGGAGGACUACCACCGGCGCUACGCCUUCAUGAAGUCGUGGGCGGGGCUGCUGAGGAUUCUGGGAUGCGUGGAGCUCCUGCUGGGCGCCGCCGUCUUCGCCUGCGUCUGCGCCUACCUGCACAAAGACAACUUGGCGGGUCCCGCGGGCGCCGGCUUCUACGCCGCCAGCGGCGCCACCUACACGGGCCCCAAGACGGCGUUUGUGCUGGUGGUGGUGGGCCUGGCGUGGCUGGUGACCGUCAUCGUGCUGGUGCUGGGCAUGACCAUGUACUACCGCACCAUCCUGCUGGACUCCACGUGGUGGCCGCUGACAGAGUUCGUCAUCAACUUGGCGCUGGCCGUGUUCUACGUGGCCGCAGGCCUCGUGUACGUGCGCGACACCACCCGCGGGGGCCUCUGCUCCUACCCGAUGUUCAACAACGGCCUGAACGGCGCCUUCUGCAAGACGGAGGCGGGCCAGACGGCCGCCAUCAUCUUCCUCUUCCUCACCAUGGCGGUCUACCUGAUCGGGGCCGGCGUCAGCCUCAAGUUGUGGCGGCACGAAGCGGCGCGUCGAUACCGCCAGAACUACGCGCAACAGAUGCGAGAGUCGGAGUUCGGAGCGCCGCAGUCGCCGCCGGUUCCGGCGAGCACCGACACCCGUCGGCAGGCGGCGACCCCGGCGUCCGUCCGAGAGCCCCCCGUCGCCGUGGCCCCCAAAAUCCUGCAGGGGGCGAUACCCUCCGGACACAUUCCCAAGCCGGUCAUCGUUCCCGACUACAUUGCGAAGUACCCGACCGUCCGCUCGGACGAGGAGCGCGACCAGUACCGGGCCGUCUUCAACGACCAGUACGCCGAGUACAAGGAGCUGCACGCCGACGUGCAGGCGGCCUGCAAGAAGUUCGACGAGAUGGACGCCGUGAUGCGCGGCCUCCCGCGGCAGCCCGCCAACCCGACGGAAGCGGAUCGCAUCAACAGAAUCCUUCAGGACUUCCAGAGGAAGAAAAACGAUCCGACCUUCCUGGAGAAGAAGGAGCGCUGCGACUACCUGAAGAACAAGUUGUCGCACAUCAAGCAGAAGAUCCACGAGUACGACAAAGUCAUGAAAUGGAACGACGGCUACGACCAAAACUGAAGACCGAAGGCGUCUUCGCUCUGGCUUUCGUUUUGUUCCACCCGAAUUUGCCUUCCUGUCGCCGGUUGGCGUCGCUGCGCCUCCCGUGUUGCUUUUUCCAUCUUUACCGUUGCGCCGUCAACACCGUCCAAACGUGCAAAAUCAUCAAACGCUAAAUGACCAUCGAAAGCUCCCAAAAAAAUAACUCAUUAGAGACAUGGGACCGAACAAACAGCUUUGCAUAAAAAAAAAAAAAAAAUCGAUGCAGUGCUGUGAGUGUGUGAGACGCUAAUGUUGAAUUUUUUGUUUUUUUUUUUUUUAUAUAUACUGUAUGAUAUUUGGAGUCUUA